UCCGCUGCCGCUCCCCUGCUGCUCUGUCUGGGGGUGGGUGGUGCAUGGGUCGGCGAGGCGGGCCCUCAUGCUCUCGGGCCAUGGCGCGCCUGGCCGCUGUGCGCUCCCACUACUGCGCGCUGCUGCUGGCGGCGGCGCUGGCCGUCUGUGCUUUCUACUACCUCGGCUCCGGCCGGGAAACCUUCUCCAGCGCCACCAAGAGGCUGAAGGAGGCCCGCGCCGGGGCUCCCGCCGUGCCCUCGCCGCCCGCGCUGGAGCUGGCGCGGGGCUCCGUGGCGCCGGCCUUGGGCGCCAAGGCCAAGAGCCUGGAGGGCGGCGGGCCGGGGCCGGUGGACUAUCACCUGCUGAUGAUGUUCACCAAGGCGGAACACAACGCCGCGCUGCAGGCCAAGGCCCGCGUCGCGCUCCGCUCCCUGCUGCGCCUCGCGAAGUUCGAGGCGCACGAGGUGCUUAACCUGCACUUCGUGAGCGAGGAGGCCAGCCGCGAGGUGGCCAAGGCCCUGCUGCGGGAACUGUUGCCGCCAGCCGCCGGCUUCAAGUGCAAGGUUGUCUUCCACGACGUGGGUGUGCUGACGGACAAGCUCUUCCCAGUGGUGGAGGCCAUGCAGAAGCACUUCAGUGCUGGCUCGGGGACCUACUACAGCGACUCCAUCUUCUUCCUCUCGGUCGCCAUGCACCAGAUUAUGCCCAAAGAGAUCCUGCGGAUAAUUCAGCUGGAUCUGGACCUGAAGUACAAGACCAACAUCCGGGAAUUGUUCGAGGAGUUUGACAACUUCCUGCCAGGCGCCGUCAUCGGCAUAGCAAGAGAGAUGCAGCCGGUGUACAGGCACACAUUCUGGCAGUUCCGCCAUGAGAACCCCAAGACACGGGUUGGGGGCCCCCCGCCCGAGGGGCUCCCUGGCUUCAACAGCGGAGUGAUGCUGCUGAACCUGGAGGCCAUGCGCCAGUCCCCCCUCUACAGCCGCCUGCUGGAGCCCGCACAGGUACAGCAGCUGGCCGACAAGUACCACUUCCGUGGCCACCUCGGGGACCAGGACUUCUUCACCAUGAUCGGCAUGGAGCACCCCGAGCUCUUCCACGUGCUGGACUGCACCUGGAACCGGCAGCUUUGCACCUGGUGGAGGGACCACGGCUACAGCGACGUCUUCGAGGCUUACUUCCGGUGUGAGGGCCACGUCAAGAUCUACCAUGGGAACUGCAACACCCCCAUCCCGGAUGUCUAGGUCCAGCCCCAUCUGCCGUGCCCUCAGGUCUCUGGGUCUGGGGGAGGCCAGAGGGGUGCCCCUGUUAAUCGGCCCCCGGCUGGUGUCUGAAUCCCUGUGGGGAUGUGCUCUGGGGCGAGGAGCUGUAGCUGUCCCACCUGGUGGGUCCUUCUCCUGAGGCCACCCAGUGAGGAUGGGCCUGCGAGUUGCUGGUGCUUGGGGCCCUUUCGCUCCGAGGGGCCAGGUAUUGUGGAGGGCAAACACGAAGACAUCCUCCAGUGGGCUCGGAAGCAAGCAUGUAAAGGGAAGAAAGAAAGGACAAUGGCGCUCCGUGCCCUCGGCCCCCAAAGAAUGGAAAUCCUUUUGGGCACUGGCCUUUCUUAGACCAAAUAUAAAUUUACUUUAAACUGACAAGCUUCCCUCUUGCAAGAAAGAACAAACUGUCUUGCUAGGGCUCCUAGGGAGCCAAACAAGAGAGGGGUGUUCUCGCAGCCGGCCUGGAGCUGAAGCAUCAGUGAGUGCCCAGCUUCCAUACACACGCACCCUAAGAGGCUGCGUGCUUAUGCCCGCCAUGCCCCCCUUGCCCAGUUGUGGGGGGUGAAGCUCCCCGCCGGCUCGGGGAGGGCCUGCAGGGCCAGCGGCGGCCCACCUGAGAAACCCGGCCUCAUCGCUGGAGCUUCCCCAGCUUCUCGCUCCCAGCCGCGUCCCAGAGCCUCCUUAUCCCUCCUUUUUCCCAGCUGGCUUCAGGUGACCAGACUAUGCUUGGAAAUCAGAUCCACCAUCAAAGAGCAGAGCUCGGCCACGGCCAGGGACAGGCGACAGAGUCGUCUGCAUGGGGAAGACACCUUCCAAAGAGGAGCCCAACAGUUUCUGCGGAUAACCGUGUGGCUGGGAAGGGGUGUCCCUCGUAGACGGAUAAGCGUUCAGUCUCUGUUGAAAAACUCAUCCUGUGAUUUUCUCAUCGCAUCAUAUUAGAUCCUGUACCUUCGAAGAAAUUAGGUUCUUCUCUGAAUGCAUUCCCUUGCUAGAUGCAGACACGAAGCCCCUGGCUGUCCAUGUUGUCUAGUUGGGGGAGGUCCUCAGGGAGGAACUGUUGUUGGAUUUUCAUCUCCUCUGAUCUCAAUUUCAUCCACUUUUUUAUUUCUCUUUACCAUGAGUGAGAAUAGCUAAUAAACCGUCUUUGAGAACACGAUGAUUACAUUGUUUCUUCUCCGACCCCAGUUUACUGCUACCUGAAGGUUGAGUCAAGAGUGCAGUCAGGGUCAUUCAGGGCUGCCCCUGCCGUCCACAUGACGGAGCUUAGUGGGCCCCCCAGCCUCUGUGGGGGCUGUGGCUGAGACGGGCACAGGGAGGGCAGCAGAGCCACACUGGGGUCACUGGAGAAUCAUCUGGAAGCAAGAAUGGCCCCGUCCCUUCUCACCUGCCUUACCCAGACUGUCUGGUUACAUCAUUCCCCAGCCAAAUGGAGCACAUCUCUCGCCUGACUCGGCCUGGAAGGAACUGGUCUGUUCUCCUAGGAACUUGAUUUCCUAUUUACAGCUACUAGUAGCUGAAAGCCUGCUGUGCGCCGAGCAUUGUUUUGGGGGAUUUAUAUACUAUUGAUAAUGCUCGCAAAAACCUCAUGAAGGUGAUUCCAAUUCUCAAGUUUAUUGUAAGAAAAUAACAAGAGAUGUAGACAGAGAGUCGUUAUCACACCAGUUUUUUAAAAAUAGAAAACAGCUAGGAGUAACUUAAAAUGUUGACUAAGGGAGUGGAUAAAUUAUGUUACAUCCAUAAGAUAAAAUAGUUGAGGCGUUAAAAUCAUAUUUUUCAAGAAUACUUAAUGCCUUGGGAAAUGCUUACAAUGUGCUGUUAAGUAAAGAAGGCAAAUAUAAGAUUAUAUGUACAGUAUGAUCCUCACUUUAUUUUUAAAAUUAUAUAUGUAUAUAUGUGUAUAUGUAUAAAGAGAGCCUGUUCUGCUCUGUUUAAUUAGUUCAAAUCCUAAAAUACCAUGUGUUUCAAACACCACAUUAGAAACAAUUAUUGCAAUGGGGAAAAAAUGGGGGUAAAAUGCUGGAGAAUUUUAGACUCGAUAACUAAGAUAUUUUCCCCAUGUUAAUUUCAGUAAUUCAAGGGUUUCUGGAGCUAUGAGAGUCCUUUGUUAUUGCAAAGAAAAAACAAUGAACUCAUUGAUCAAAAUGGGCACAAGCCAAACCAAAUCUCCCCCUCUACUUUUGAGAUCACCUACUCAGGAGCUGCCCCCUCCUCUGUCGCUGGUGGAUUUGGUGAAGAGCAAAGUAACACUCAGCAGGAAGUCCAGCCGGCCCAGCAAAGCCAGUGGAUGCGACUUCUGGAUGGCUCUUAGACAGCUGGUUCCUCACUGGAAUCCUGUUGUAACUGAUGAGGUUCAAACAUGACUCAAUGUGCUGUUCUGCCUUUGCCUGAUGAAAACUUCCACUGCAGUGCCUAAGCCUAGAGGAGUGAGUGGAACAGAAGCCUGGAAAGAACAUUUCUGGGUUUGAGGAAGGAUCAAGGUGCUUUCUAUCUUCAUCUAUAUUUACUUCUAUAUUUCUGAAUGUGAAUUACUUUUGUAAUAAACAAUAAAUGCUUUAAAAUUGUA